UACUAAAUUAGCAAGGCAACCUGACUACUACUAGGCAACAUGGCUGCGACAAGCAUGACGAAGUUACUGCGAAUUUUGCCACAGAAUUCACGCAAAAUCCAGCAAUUCUUCCCAUGCAUGAGGUGCACCGUGGUGUCCAAGAGGGGCUUCCGGUCGCUUGGAAAUGAUGACUGGAAAGCGUCAUUUUUGAUGGGAAAGAACACUGGGAAAACGAUUGAUGGAGUCCAUUUGGGUGUAUCUUACAGCAGAUUGAUCCACACCAGCCCAGCAGCCCUGGCCAUCUCAGAUCCUUAUAAGACACUAGGAGUCCCCAAAAAUGCCUCCCAGAAAGACAUCAAGAAGGCCUACUAUGAGCUGGCCAAAAAGUAUCAUCCAGACAGGAAUAAGGACAACAAAGAUGCAGCCAAGAAGUUUGCAGAUAUUGCCGAAGCAUAUGAGAUCGUAGGGGAUCAGACAAGGAGGCGUGAGUAUGACACCAUGGGCGCGGCAGGAUUCGGCGGUGGCAGCGGCGGCUUCCAGCAGGGUCAAUGGCAUGGGCAACAUGUGGAUCCAGAGGAGCUCUUCAGGAAGAUCUUUGGCAGUGCUGGCUUCGGUGGCGGGGGAGUCGGUGGGGAUUCACCUUUUGGGGAUUCAAUCUUUGGAGGUUACGACAGGGGUCAUGAGGUGAUGAUGGACUUAACGUUUAGCGAGGCAGCCCGGGGGGUCAACAAGGAUGUGACGGUCAGCAUGGAGGAUACAUGCGAGAGGUGUAAAGGGAACCGGGCAGAGCCGGGUACCAAGACAACCAAGUGUCAUCGGUGUAACGGCACAGGGCAGGAAACCAUCAACACCGGUCCCUUUGUCAUGCGGACCACGUGCCGGCAGUGCAGGGGCGCACGCGUCAUUAUCACCGUCCCGUGUAUGACGUGUAGGGGCGCGGGAACGACCAUGCAACGCAAGAAAGUCACUGUCCCAGUACCAGCAGGUGUUGAGGAUGGGCAAACAGUCCGGAUGCCGGUCGGCAACAGGGAGCUCUUCAUUACCUUCCGUGUGGCCCGCAGCCAGACCUUCCGGAGGGACGGCGCUGAUGUUCACUCUGACGUGACGAUCAGUUUCACCCAAGCUGCGCUAGGCGGCAGUCUCAAGAUUAAAGGCAUCUACGACAGUAUACACCUAAGUAUUCCAGGGGGAACUCAGUCACAUACACGGAUACGGCUACCAGGUAAAGGCAUCAGUAGGGUGAACGGCUAUGGCUAUGGAGACCACUAUGUCCACAUCAAGAUCCAAGUACCAACGAAUUUAACGAACAAACAGCGGGCGUUGUUAGUCGCAUUCACCGAGGAGGAAACAGGAGUGUCAGGAACGGUUGACGGAACUACCAAGACUAGCGACGAAUCGCAAUCUGAUGAGUCUCUGUCCGAUGAAGAAAAAGGAAAAGAGCCGGGGUUCUUCCGCAAGCUUAUUGAGCGUGUGCGGGGGUUUUAGCAAAUAGGCGGCCGAUAACUAGAAUGCAUACAAGUCCCCGUCAGGCGCCAAGAUUGCCACGUCUGAUCCCGACGGUCUGAUCAGCCAGAUCCGCAACUGCCUGCACACGACCCCCGACAUCACUGAUAUCCCCGCCCGCAAAGUAGCCAACGAUAUCGACGACACAGAGGACGAUACUAA